UUUUUAUAUUUUCUACCUUUAUCUUAAAUUUAUUUUUUUCCUACUUGGCUUAGCCUCCUCGAGAGACGUGAGUUCGACGCUUUUCGCCUCAGAUGAAAGGGAAUUGACAUUUUGACCCUCCUUUCUUAUACACAUUGACCGUUAUAACCCUGAUCCAACAAACCACGUAGCAUAACCUAAACCCAAACAAAUGAGUCAAAACCACCAACAAGCGCAUACGUUUCAAACAACGGGCACGUCAAGGAAACGCAAGGGCACGACGGAGAGUGAUUUCAGUUUCGAUCCAAGAGCCACUUUGUCUACAUCGAACUGUCUUUUGGCCGGCUACAUGGCUCAGGAGUUGCUCACGUGCGGGACCAUGUUGGGCCGGAAGCUAUAUCCUGGAUGGGCUGAAGUUGGGCCGCUAGACUCGCCGUCGCAGAAACACAGGGAAGUGAAGAAGAAGGCUGCUCACCAUAGCUACUCUAAGGUGGCGAAUGUGUUCAAAACAGAUGGGACCCACGCUCCUGGUGUGGUUAACCCGACCCAGCUUGCUAAAUGGAUCCAGAUUUAUGUGAUAACAUAGUUGAAUUGUUGAUGAUGGCAUUAUAAUCAUCAUUAUUCAUCGCCAACACUACAGUUUCCACCACCACUACGUCGUCAUUAUUAUUGUUAUGAUCUUCAUGUUCAUCCAAAUAUCAAAACCAAAAUACUAUUCCCUCUGAUUUAUAAUACCCUAGAG